AAAUGCGAUGAUGGUGGUGGUGGUGAUGAUGAUGACGGUGAUGAUGCCCCCCUUGCAACUGCAAUUGCAAAAGCAGCCAAUCUCUCUUUCUCUCUCUCUCACUCACUCUGUCCCUCCUUCCUUCCCUCCCUUCAGACUCCAGUCCAGUCCAGUGCAGUCCAGUCUAAUCCCCUGUUCUCCAUAGUCAGUCCGUCCCCUCCCAUGGACAUGGACUGGACAUGAUGAACAUGAAUAUUAUUAGAUAUUACUAAAUUUGCUUCUUUUUUAUUUUUUAUUUUUACCCCCCCCCCUCUCUCUCUCUCUCUCUCGUUUUGUCUUUCUUUCCAUCUCUGAUCUGUCUUUCUCUGUCUGUCUCUCAAGCGGUGUGUGCUGAUUAAUGUUCUAAUAGAGAGAGAGAGAGAGAGAGAGGGAGGGAGGGAGGCAGGCAGGCAGCGAGUGAUCAGAUUGAAACUUGAAACUGAAAGGGAAGUGAGUGAGUGACUAAUUAAUGGAUGAGAAGAGGUGCGGCUGCUGGGCUGUCCUGAAACGAGGCGUUGGAGUUGGAGGAUCUUCUUCCUGCAAGUCCAGAUCAGACUCUGCUCCCACCACCAUUCCCCGCUCUAGCCUCGUCUACGAUGCUGCCGAGACUCGAUAUCUUAACGCAAGCAACCGAGAGAUGUGUCCUCCUAAUGAAGCUCGCCCAUCCUCCGACGCACCACCCAAUUGCACUGAGCCCAAAUGCCAGCUUUUGCAGUUCACCUUUCAGGAGCUCAAAUCCGCUACCGGGAAUUUCAGGCCCGACAGUAUUCUCGGGGAGGGAGGGUUUGGAUACGUCUUCAAGGGCUGGAUUGAGGAGAAUGGGACAGCUCCAGCCAAACCCGGAUCAGGAAUCACCGUCGCUGUCAAGAGCUUGAAGCCCGACGGUCUGCAGGGGCAUCGAGAAUGGGUGGCUGAGGUUGGCUUUCUUGGGCAGCUUCACCAUCCCAACCUUGUUAAACUGAUUGGUUACUGCAUUGAGGAUGAUCAGCGCCUUCUUGUUUAUGAGUUCAUGACCCGAGGAAGUCUUGAAAAUCAUCUCUUCCGAAGGGCCAUACCACUCCCUUGGUCCAACAGGAUAAAGAUCGCGCUUGGCGCAGCUAAAGGACUCGCCUUCCUUCACGGGAACCCGGAGCCCGUUAUAUACAGAGAUUUUAAGACAUCCAACAUUUUACUCGAUUCGGAAUAUAAUGCGAAGCUCUCAGAUUUUGGAUUGGCAAAAGCUGGCCCCCAAGGAGACAAAACACAUGUUUCCACCCGCGUUGUUGGGACGUAUGGCUAUGCUGCUCCAGAAUACGUAAUGACCGGGCACUUGACAUCGAAGAGUGAUGUUUACAGCUUUGGUGUGGUGCUCCUCGAGAUCCUGACAGGCAGAAGGUCGAUGGACAAGAAACGGCCGAGCGGGGAACAGAACCUGGUGACGUGGGCCCGGACCUACUUGGCAGACAAGAGGAAGCUGUACCAGAUAGUCGAUCCUCGGCUCGAGCUGAACUACUCUAUCAAGGGUGUACAGAAGGUCUCCCAGUUGGCGUACAGUUGCCUUGGCAGGGAUCCCAAGUCUCGCCCCACCGUGGACGAAGUGGUGAAGGUUCUGACACCAUUGCAGGAUCUUAAUGACUUCGCCAUCCUGUCCUGUAACUCCCGUCUCUACCAGCAAGGAAGGCGCAAGAAGAAGCCCGAGCUGACGCAACAGCGGAGCUUUGUUGCUCAGUCCAGGAGCGUCAGGGAUUCUCCAGUCAUGAACAAUGGAAGUGGAAAGCAGCACUGCUAAUUGCAGGGCGAUCAUCAAUCCAAAAAUCAGCAGGGUCGUCCAAUGAUGUUUAUCCUCUUCAGAUUCAGCUAGCGGCUCAUUUCUCAUCAUUGUACGAAAUUGAAUUGCUCGGGAUAUGUUUCGAGAUAUGGAUGCUUAAGAUGACAUAGUUCAUGCAUUUUUCGGGGAUUCGAUUGUGAUGAUGAUUAUUUGUUCCUAGCCUGAGAGAAGAAGAGAUGAUCAGAUCAGCUAACCAAUAUUCAAUCCAUAUAUGCAUGUUGUGGGCAUGGACUGGUAUACGCCAUGUAUAUGUACGGGAGGGUCCUUCUGUUCCAGUGGGAAUUUGGUCAGGGCAGGUAUUAAUUAAUUGCAUGCAGUUGAUGGUCA